AUGGGUGAACAACAGAAUAUAUCUCAGAUACUGGCAGCAUUAGCUGCCGUUCGACCUGCUGCUGGUGGCGCGCAGUAUAAUACCGGUGCCGCACAGUCAAGUGCUCCUCCGCCGCCAUCUACAAAUGCCGGAGGCUACACCUUGCCACAGCCAGAUAGCACUGGCAGUUUGAAUAUUGGCGGCGUGACACCUGCCAAUGCCGGCCCGCGCAAUCCCGAGAUACAGGUUCUCGGUCAUAUCGACGCUCGCGAUCGCCCUCUAGAACACCACCGCGCACUUCCACUGGUCGAGAUGUGUUUAGAGAUGGAUACAAUCCUUACAGAGACGAACGCCGCGGAGCUGAUAGACGUGGUGCCGGUGAUCGUGGAUAUGCACGAGAACGAUCGUCAUCUCCUCGACCAGACGCGCGGGGCGGAGAGGCAUACUCCCCUCUACCCAACAGACAUUACAGAGCGGCUGGCGACAGGUCUCCGCCGCCACGGAGAAAAUCUUCGACGAAUCGAGGCUGAUACCGGUGCUCGUGUACAGUUCCUUGACAGUCCCGAACAUAACAAGAGUAUCCGACUUUGCAGGAUAUCCGGCUCGAAACCAGUCAGAGACGAAGCAAAGGCAGAGAUAGACCGUGUCGUCAGCGAAGGAAACCAGUCUCGUGGCGGUGGAGGCCAACAAGGCGACCGAUCUGGGCAAGACGGCGGAAGACCAAAGCCUGGAGAAGGAGACGGCUCCGAUUCCAUGCAGAUCAUGGUUCCUGAUCGAACGGUUGGACUUAUCAUUGGUCGAUCAGGCGAGACUAUCAAAGAUCUCCAGGAACGAAGCGGAUGUCGGGUUAAUAUCGCCCGCGAUGGAGAAAGUGUGAACGGUCUAAGGCCAGUUAGCUUGACGGGAUCUCAACAGGCUAUGCAGCACGCCAAAGAACUUAUAUUGGGUAUCGUGGAGAGCGACUCAAGGCAAGGUGGGAACCAAGGUCCGCGGGAGCCAAGAGGUCAAGCUAUGGGCGCAGAGAGCGGAGGCGGAGAUGGAGAUAAAAUCAAUGAUAAGAUUUUCAUCCCAAAGGAAUCUGUUGGCAUGGUCAUUGGCAAAGGAGGAGAAACCAUAAAGGAGAUACAGAGUUUCAGCGGCUGCAAAAUCAACAUAUUGCCACUUGUUGGUCGAGAGCCUGAGAGGGAAGUGACACUCUAUGGCGCCCAGACUGCAAUCGACGCGGCGAAGAGGGCUAUAAUGGCAAAGGUCGAGGCUGCGCAGAAGAGCCGUUCACAGGGCCCUCGACGUGAUGAUUCUUACAACCAGCAACCCCAGUACCAACAACAGCAACAGCAACAACCCUAUUCCCAGGAUCCCAACUCCCAGCAGCAGCAACAACACGCAAUGCAGCCAGGUGCCGGAGAAGCAGCAGAUCCAUACGCUAUGUACGGCGGCUACGAAAACUACAUGGCCAUGUGGUAUGCUGCCAUGGCUCAACAACAGCAACAACAGCAGCCACAGUACCCUCAACACCCAGGCGGAGGAGGACCUCCACCCUCUGGCUCCGAUCAGCCGGGGCCUCCAGGAGUAUCGUGA